AUGAGCGCCGGGGCUCAUCCCUGGUGGGGGCGUAUCAGCACUCGGGGUGCUAUCAAGGAUAUAUAUGCCGAUGAAGUUACUUCCACCAUCAGUCACUGUCUUGACUUACCUCAGCACUGCGGUGUGUUUUGUACAUACGGAUCGGUUGGACUCGCCCACUCCUUGAGGGUGCUUGCGCCAGCAAAUAUGCGGCUACGCUUGCUCUGGAUCGCACAUCAUCAAAUAAGCACAUGGGAAGAACUAACAAACAGCGAGAAACGUCGCGUCGCGGCAAUACUCGUCAGUUUUUCUCUGGAGAAAACAGAAAGAUUAGCAGAGAUUGCAGUGUCGUGGACAGAGAAAAGAAAGUUCGCAAUUUGUGACGUGUCCCAACGUCAAGCUGACGACGAGGGAUACAAUUACCCUAGGCCGACAAACCAACUUAUACCAGGUAUAUCAGAAGGAGGAACCGGCAAACCAGGAGGAUUUCCACCUGCUCCUGGAGGAUAUCCUUCUGGUGGUCCAAGUGCACCUGGAAUUCCUGGAGAACAAGGAGCGCCUGGUGGUCAACCUGGAAGACCAGAUGGUUAUCCAUCAGGACCACCAGGAUUUCCGGGACGUCCAGGUGGUGCUCAACCAGGGCGACAACCUAGUUUUCCAUCAGGUCCAGGACCUUCAGAGGGAUAUCCUAGUGGACGACCAUCGAUUCCAUUUCCGAGCGGUGAACCAACAGGAAGACCAGGAACGGGUCCCGGUUUACCGAGUGGGCCAGGUGGACGACCAGAGGGAUUUCCAACAGGGCCAAGUGGUGGAUAUCCUAGUGGCAGACCUGGCGGGCAACCGCCAGGUGGAUUUCCCGGUGGGCAAAGACCAACCGGAUACCCGAGUGGUGGGCCCGGUCAGGAAAAACCAGAAGGUCCUGGGUAUCCCAGUGGUCGGCCGGGUGGACAAAGACCAGGUGGAGGAUAUCCUAGCGGUCAAGUUCCUGGAGGUUAUCCCGGUGAAGCACAGAAGCCUAGUGGCCCAGAAAGUGGAUAUCCUAGUGGAGGGCCAGGAGUUGGCUAUCCUGGAGGUACUCAAAGACCUAGUGGUGGUCCAGGCCCUCAGAGACCAGGCGGAUAUCCAGGAUCAGAAGGGACAAAUGGUCUUCAAGGUCCUGGUCCACAAGGCGGACCAUCUACCAACGGUUAUCCUAGUGGCAGACCAGGAGCGCAAAGACCAGGAGGUUAUCCAAGCGGUCCAGGUCCGCAAGGACCAGGACGAUUUCCAGGUGGGCCAGGCCCGCAAGGACCAGAAGGAUUUCCAGGUGGACCAGGCCCACAAAGAUCAGAAGAAAUUCCAAGUGGACCAGGCCCACAAGGACCAGGAGGAUUUCCAAGAGGACCAGGCUCGCAAGGACCAGGCCCACAAGGACCAGGAGGAUUUCCAAGAGGACCAGGCUCGCAAGGACCAGGCCCACAAGGACCAGGAGAAUUUUCGGGAACUGGCCAUCCAGUAGGUCCUGGUGGACCUGGAGAAUAUACCCAUGAAGAUGAGGGAACAUACGACGAAGGUGAUUAUUCAGCUAUUCCGGGCGAACCUGGUCGCGAUUAUCCUAUAUACAGUGAAAUUCCGGAGACCAGUUUCCGUUGCGAUGCCCAACAAUUCCCUGGUUACUAUGCCGACGUGGAAGCCCAGUGCCAAGUUUUUCACAUAUGUGCCAACAAUAAGACCUAUGAUUUCCUUUGUCCAAACGGAACAAUUUUCCAUCAACAAUUUUUCGUUUGUGUAUGGUGGAAUCAAUUUGACUGUAACUCCGCGCCAAGUCUUUACUAUUUAAAUGAAAAUAUUUAUGACUAUACUAUAAUGGGAGCACAAGGUCAAGGACCUGCAGGACCUUCCGGACCUAGUACUUAUCCAGGAGGUCCAGGUGCUCCUAGUGGCCCAGGUGGUCCAGGCGCUCCUAGUUAUCCAGGUGGUCCAGGCGUUCCUCCUAGUGGUCCAAGUUAUCCAGGAGGUCCAGGCGCUCCUAGUGGUCCAAGUUAUCCAGGAGGUCCAGGCGCUCCUCCUAGUGGACCAAGUUAUCCAGGAGGUCCAGGCGCUCCUCCUAGUGGUCCAAGUUAUCCAGGAGGUCCAGGCGCUCCUAGUGGUCCAAGUUAUCCAGGAGGUCCCAGCGCUCCUCCUAGUGGUCCAAGUUAUCCAGAAGGUCCACAACGUCCUGGCGGUCCAGGUUAUCCAAGAGAGGGACCUCAAGGUCCAUCAGGGCCAAACGGUUACCCAAGAGGACCUCAAGGUCCAUCAGGACCUCAAGGUCCAUCAGGACCUCAAGGUCCAUCGGGACCUCAAGGUCCAUCGGGACCUCUAGGUCCGUCAAGACCUGGUGGUCCAGAUUAUCCAGGAAGAGCACCAUCCGGUCCGGGACCGCAAGGUCCAUCGGGUCGACCAGGGCCUGGAUAUUUAGGUCCGCCGUCCGGACCACCAGGACCUCAAGGACCUCAAGGACCUCAGGGACCAGGUGGACCAGGAUAUCCUGGAAGACCUCAAGGACCUUCUGGACCUACUGGACCAUCGACGAGACCCCAAGAACCUAGUGGUCCGGGCUAUCCAGGACCAGGUGGACCUCCAGGAUAUCCAGGACAACGUCAAGGACCCAUUGGUCCACAAGGUCCAAGCGAAUUUCCGGGUGCACCGGGACGUCCGCAAGGACCUACUGGCCCAAAUGGAUAUCCCAGAGGUAAACCAAGUGGCCCAGCGUUCCCAAGUGGGCCUUCUGGGCCAGGAGGUAUCCCUGGAAGACCCGAAACGGGUUCACCGUUUACACCGCAAGGCCCUGCGAAGCCUGAUCGUGAGUACUUGCCGCCGAAGAUUGAAUAA